AUGGCGAAACGACCGAAGCGGAUGUUGGAUCUUGACGAGGCACUUUUGAUGCUUGAUGAGUCGGAGGAUUCGGAAGGGAUCGUAGAAUUAGAUGAAUCCGAUAUCGAAAUACAUGGUGGAGUGAAUGAUGUGUCGGCACUGGCUUCUGACAAUGAGGGACUGGCAGAGUCAGAUGAUGGGGAUGAUGACAACAGGGAUGAUGGCAAUGAUUCUGAUUACAGAACGCCUGACAUGCAAGACUCAUCUUCAGAAUCAGCUGGGCUGCCAUCCGAAAGUUCUUCAUCUGAUGAAGAUGGUGCAGUGCCACGACAAGGUCAAAAUCAAGCCCGGGGGAGAGGCGGAAGAGGUCGUGGACGUGGGCGUGGACAGGGUCAACGAGCAGCUCGAGGCGGACGUGGCCGUGGCCAGGCUGGUGCAAGAGGUAGAGGAAGAGGAAGAGGUCGUGGACAGGCACAGGGUGGUGGCAAUGUGAACCCCCCUCAAAAUUGGACAGAUCAGAUUGCAGAACCAAAUUUGCAACCAUAUACACUUGGUGGUGGUCCGAACUGUGGUCUUGGAUUUGAUGCAGAUGCCCUCCAAUUUCUAUUGUCUAUUCUUGGGGACAACUUUCUUGAUCUCCUUGUUGAAAACACAAACUUAUAUGCAGCCAAGCUCAGUCCCCCUGAUGUGCCUGACCCAACCAACCCGUAUAAGACAUCCAAUAAGAAUUGGACGCCCACAACAGGUCGUGAAAUGCAAGCAUUCAUUGGAAUAAACAUUCUCAUGGGCAUCAAGGAUUACCCAGAAUAUGCUGAUUACUGGAGCACUGACUCAGCUUUGGGGGAUCCUUACAUAAGUCGUGUUUUCUCCAAGAACCAGUAUGAACGAUUGUGCAAGUACUUGCAUUGUAGUAAUCCCAACAUUGUUGACAGGAAUGACAAACUUGAUAAAGUGAGGCCUCUCUUGGCCGUGUUGAAUGAAAACUUUCCUAGACUUUUCACACCAGGUGAAAACCUUUCGGUUGAUGAGGCCAUGGUCAAGUUUGAUGGUCGACUUGCCUGGAAACAGUACAUGCCAAAAAAGCCUGUAAAGUGGGGGAUCAAGAUAUGGUGCCUCUGCGACUCAAAUGCUGGCUACAUCUUGGCAUUUGAGGUCUACACUGGUGCAGCGGCAGCAGGUGAUGAUAACCCAAAUAGGGCCCAUGGUCUUGGACAUAAUGUUGUCAUGACUUUGAUGCGUGACUACUUGAUGAAAAACCAAAGGGUUCAUGCCGACAACUUCUUCAGCUCAGUAACUCUUGCCUUGGAUCUGAAGCAAAAUGAAACCUACUACUGUGGUACUAUCCGGUCAAACAGACAAGACUAUCCCUCAGAAAUUGCAAGGCCACAGCUAGAUUAUGCCCAUAACAUAAGGUGGCAAAAUCAAGAGGAAGUUUUGGCCUGCCGUUGGAGGGAUAGACGCAGGGAUGUUUUCUUUGUUUCUACUUACCAUGGUGCUGGUAACACAAGGAAGCCCAGGACAAGGUACAGGGUGAAUGAAAUUAUCGAUGUGCCCAACGUUGUAGUAGAUUACAACAAGUACAUGGGUGGCGUUGACCAUGCAGACCAGUUGCGUAGCUACUACAAAGUUGGGCGCACUGGGAAAAAAUGGUGGAAGUACCUGUUCUGGGCUAUGCUGAAUGUGGCUGUCGUCAAUGCCUAUAUUCUCUGGUUACAAUCAAAUCAUCCACUGCCAAGAAAAACUAGGGAAUAUUCUUUGAAGAAGUUCAAAUUAGCACUUGUCCAUCAGAUGGUUGACGGAUUCUCAGGAAGAAAAAAUCCAGCUCGGGGGUCAAUUGGCGAGAGGGUUGUCAUUGAAGUUAUCCAAGAUAAUGCAUUGCCUGGUCACACAAAAGUCUGUUUCAGUGGUAGAAAAAGAGUAUGUGUACAGUGCUCUAAAGCUAAACGCAAAACUGCUGGCGGCCAUGUCCCUGAAACAAAGUUUGGAUGCAGGGUGUGUGAAGUGAACCUAUGCAGAAAUGCAGGAUGCUUCCAGGAAUAUCAUGCAUUCCUAAAUGUUCACUGA